AUGGCCUUCCCCAGCGUGCGGAGGAGGCUCCUGCACCCGCUCCCCGCCGCUCCGGGGCUCUCCAGGCGGAAGCCCGAGUGCCCCGCCGCGGGGACACGUCGGGGGGACCCCAGCCCCAGGCGGAACUCAAUCAGCACCCGCAAAACGCCUGCCCUUCCGGCGUCCCGACCCCCGUCUCCCGGCAACGGCUCGGCAACCCGCCCCUUCCGGCGCCGUCUCCUGGCAACGGCCCGACAACAAUCAGCCGUGAGCCCAGCUGGGCGCCUGGGCCUCCGCGCCCUCUGCGCCUGGCUGGACCGGCUCCCGCUCAGCCGUCCCAAGCGCCACCUGGCCCGGGACUUCAGCGACGGCGGUGAGGGCAGCGCAGCCCCGAGGCGAAGAGGGACGUGGCCGGCCAGACGCUGUGGCAGUGUCUCACGAAGGGUCCCAGCUCCCCGGGCUCCGGGCACAGAGCUGAAAACCGCAGAGCAGGUGCUGCUGCUGGGGGUCGUGAAGCAUGUCCGCCCCCAGCUGGUGGACCUGCCCAGCCGUGUGCCCACCUGCAACACGGACCAGAAGCUGGGCAGCUGGAGAAUUCUCAACGGGCAGGCUCUCCGAAGUCACAAGCUGGGUUUCUGUGUCUCACAGGCUGACGGCCGAGAGGUGGUGGCCAGCAUGCCCCCGGCCAUUGAGCCCAUGCUGUGUGUGCUGAGGGAAAAGGGGGUGGCCAGCGCUGUCCGCGAGGACCCUCCCAGUGCAGCCACACAUGAGUGGCUGCUGGCCAGGCUCCCUUCUGAGGCAGAGCCCAGCACGGGUUCUGCGGUCUCGAAGGCCUGCUGCCGCCCCCCGGCGCCCUCCAGGGUGAAGACCCCCUGGACUGCCAGGCUGCCGGCUGGGCGUUUGCCUUCCCGUCGAGCCCCAGCUGCGGGCCCUGGGGUGCAGCAGCUGCUGGAGGGGAAGCAGCAGGCACUGGCCAUUCUGCAGGAGACGGUCAAGGUGCUGUGUCCAGGGUGCCCCUCCAUGUCCCUGCCCCGACCUUGGGAGGGAGAGUGGCCGGCUGUAGGCGGUACAGGGAGGCACGGCCUUCCCUUCUCCACAGCGUGGACCCAGUGUGGGGGGCAUGGCGUUGGGUGGGACACGCAGAGCCCCUGA